AUGGCGGCUCUUGACGAUGUCCAUGUCGGUGAUAUCGUCAACGUACCUGGCGGUAUGUACGGUACAGUAAAAUACUUGGGAACUGUGGCGGGCAAGCCGGGUCGAUUUGCGGGUGUUGAGUUGAGUAGUGAACACGCUCAACGAGGCAAAAACAGUGGGGAUGUGGAGGGACGAAAAUACUUUGUGACAUCAGUCCCGGGCUCAGGCAUCUUUGUUCCUAUGAACAACAGCAAAUACGUCACUCGAAGAUCUGCCAACUUCGCCGUGCCUACAACUCCUGGGCGUGCCCCGCCAGCCAACUUUAGCAAGUCCGUCGGUCCAAGCCUUUCUACUCCUCGUCCUCGAAUCCGCCGUCCAUCUCUCCCUCGACCCGAAUCCCCUCGUGUGCCUGCUCCCAAAUUGAGCCUGAGUGGCUUGCGCACUCCUUCUGCCGCGUCUCGAACGUCUGCCUCCAAUGGCUACCAGCGGAGCCCUACCAAGGCGCCAUCACGAUUGUCUGAUCGACCACCGUCGCGAAUCAGUGUUGAUGAUGAUGCUUCAUCCUAUGGCAGACCCUCAGACUUCCAGAGACCUUCAUCCGUGGAGACACAAGAGUUGAGGGAACAAGUAAAGGGUUUGGAAAAGCAGCUACUGGACCGAGACAGACAGUUAGAUGAGCAGUCACGAACACUGAGCGACUUCCAGAGAACCUUGGAGGAGUUAGAGGGAUCUGAUGCUAUGUCCGUUCGUGUCCAAUUGCGCGAGAGAAACGAGCGAAUCAAUCAGCUGACCACGGAAUUUGAUGGUCAUCGCGCGGAUUUUCGCAGCACAUUGGAUACACUGGAAAUUGCUGCAUCUGAGACUGAGCGUGUUUAUGAGCAACGUCUGGAUGAGCUCAUGCAACAGAACAAGGAGCUUCAAGACCGUGGGGAGGACGUUGAGAUUGUUGCACAACAACUGAAGCAACUGGAAGAAUUAGUGUCCGAAUUGGAAGAGGGACUCGAAGAUGCACGGCGCGGUGAAGCGGAAGCUAGAGCCGAGGUCGAGUUCCUUCGUGGGGAGGUGGAGAGAACCAAGUUGGAAUUGAAGAAAGAACGCGAUCACUCCGCGGCAGCCCUCAAAGACGCCCAAGCCGCUUCUGAUGGCCCUCGUCACUCGAGUGAUCUCGACCAGAAAGAUGAUGAAAUCCGAGGUCUCAAGGCUAUAAUCCACUCCUUGAGUCGCGGCAACCCAAUGGCGGCCAACCCCAAUGGAAUGGACGCGGACGCUUACAAUGAGCAGCUUGAGCGUAUUUCCCACCUUGAGCAACUUCUUCAAGAGGCUGAGGGCAAUACUGGCCGCAAGGAUAACCGGAUUGAAGAGCUCGAGCGUGAAAUGCAGGAGCUUCGACUGAGUUCCGAUGAAGGAGGUCGCAACCGUAGCUCCACCGUGACCGUGUCUCCUCCCAAGCAGCACAAGUCAUCGAGCUCCCAAAGCAGCAUGGCUGUGAAAAAUAUCGGUCACAUUAACCGUCUUUCUGAUCGUACGAUUGUUCCGCCUGAUUGGCAUGACGCCCCUUCAGAGCCUCGGCAGCACAACCGUGGCACGUCCAGCUCUUCCCACCCACGACUUGAGACCAUGCCUGAGUCAGAGAGAUCUUCCGAUGAUGACACUUUGUGGUGUGAGAUCUGUGAGACUGGUGGUCAUGAUAUUUUGAACUGCACCAGCAUGUUUGGGGCAGGCAAUGACGCUGCUAACGCGAAUGGCCACCAGGCGCAGCAGGAUCACAAGCCUGAAGACCAUGCCAACUUGAACCCCAGCGAUGACAAUGAAAGCCACGCUGAUAAAUCUCCCUCGCCCAAGACUGGCCGAGAUGUCGUCCUUGAAGGACUGAAAGGCAUUGGCGGUCUGGGUAACUCCAUGGAUCCCGCCGCUGGCAAAUCCUCUGGAAUCAUUGAUGUGUCAAAGUGGUGUGCUCUUUGUGAGCGAGAUGGUCAUGAGAGCAUCGACUGUCCUUAUGAUGAAUAA